AUGGAGCCGCGGGAGCACCCGCAGGAGCAGCCGCAGGUGCAGCAGCAGGAGGAGCAGCAGGAGGAGCAGCAGGAGGAGCAGCUCGACGAGCAGCAUGAGCAGCCGCAGCCGCAAGUGCUGAAGUUUGUCCAUCCAGAUGAGCAGAAGCAGCAGCACUUGCUUGCUGGUCAUGAGGAACAGCAGCAGCAGCAACAACAGCAUGUUGAACAAGCGCCACCGCAGCAGCAGCAGCAGCACCAGCAGCCGCUUGAGGAGGGGGCCAGCUCGCUGCAGCUGCAAGAUCAAGGGCAGCACCAGGAUUGUGAGAUGCCCGACCAGCACGCUCAGCACGGCGAGCAGCAGCAGGCGGAGGAGCAGGAGGAGGAGGGGGCGGCCGAGCAGCAGUCUGAAGAGCCUGCGAGUGGAUCCCUGGGCCUCGAAGGCUCCGCGGCCGCCAGCACUCCGCAGCAGGCGCCGACUGAGCCCGCGCCCGAGGGCCCUGCUGCCGCGAGCGCUGCCGCCGGCCCCGCCGCAGCCCCGGCUGCUGCCAACGAGCCCCAGGGCGGGCGGCGGUGGCCCUCGCGCGUCCGGCAGCCGCCCAAGAGUCGCCGCAAGCGUGACAGGGGGGGUCGCGGCAGCGGCAGCGAUGACUCAUACCACGGCUCCUCGGACGACUCAGAAUCCCACUCCGAGGACAGCGAGACUCGGCGGGCAAAGAAAAAGGCGGCACAGCAAGCCAAGGCCAAGGCGCGGAAGGCGGCGGCGCGCAAGAAGGCCCAGCAGACCAAGCAGGCGCAGAAGCAGCAGGCCGCGGCCCAGGGCAAGCCGGCUGCGCAGCAGCGCGGCGGCCCGCCGCCCGUGCCGGCCGUGUCGCCAGCUCAGCAGGUGCAGGUGCAGCAGCAACAGCAGCAGCAACAGCAGCAGCAACAACAGCAGCAGUUUGCACAGCGGCAGCAGCUGAUGCCCAACGGGGCGGGUGCCCCUGGCGCAGUCAACAUGCCGACGGCAGGCUCUGCGCCGUCCGGCUGGCCCCCGGCCGCUGUUGCGGCGCCCGCGCUCGCGCCGCCUGGCGCCAACGCCGGCUGGGCGCCGUUCGGAGCCGCAGGCGGCGGCGCCGCCGCUGCUGCCACGGCUGGCGACCGCUGGGGGGCGGCGAUCCAGACGCCUUUUGGUGGUGAUGCGGCCCUCGGCUACGGCGGCGAUCGGUGGGGCGCCGCGCCGCAGGCCGGGCGCGCCCCGGUCACCACAGGCAGCAGCAUCGGCGUGAUGGGCGGGCUGGGCGGCGGCGCGGCGGGCGCUGGGGCGUUUGGCCGGUCGGCGUCGCUCGGGGAUGAGUCGUCUCUCGGGCUCGGGGGCGGCCUCCUGCGAGGCGGCAGCAUUGACGGUUCGGCCGGCCUCGACUGGCGUCUGCAGCAGCACCAGCAGCAGCAAAUGCUGAUGCUGCAGCAACAGCAGCAGCAGCAGCAGCAGCAGCAACAGCACAACGGCCUUGACCGCGCGGUGACGUGGCCCCGCGCGCUGCCCUCGCCCCAGCUCCAGCCCUCGCCUCAGCUCCAGCCCGCCGGCUCGCUGGCCGCGCGCAGCGGCGGCGCCGGCGGCGGCCCCGGCGGCGGCGCCGCCGGCGACGGGUCGCUGCCGGACGUGGCCCGCAUGCCGCCUCACCAUUUGGUAUCUAUGCUGGAGCGCAUAAGCAUGCGCCUCCGCGCGCACCUGCAGGCGUGCAGCGCGGCCGGGCUCACACAGCAGGAGGCGCUGAGCGCGCCGGUGACGUCCGGCGGGUCCGCCUCGUCGGCGGCGUCGCUCAUACGCAUGCGCCAGCUGAUCAGCGGGGAGCUGGAGAGGCGGCGCGACCCGCUCGCCGCCGCCAACGCGCAGGCGCAGGCGCAGGCGCAGGCGCAGGCCGCCGCGCGGCCGGGCGGGCUGGGGACGGCAGCGGCGGAGGGCGCGGACGUGUGGGGCAUGGCCGCCGCGCGCGGGGCUGCAAGCGGCGGCGCGGGCGCGGGUUGA